GUCUCCUAUUGGGCAGCACCAGCAGCCUAAAGCAGUCCCGCCCUCCCUGGGGAAUCCCCUUGAGUGACAGCACCAUUCGACCAAUCCCAGAUGUGGCAUCUAAUUAAACCCCACCCAUGUACUAGAGACGCGAAGAGAACUAUUCUACACUGCACGGCUCCUAUACUCCUCUAUUAAUUUCAUGCUUCCAGAUGGCCACGCCCCUACACUUUCAUCCUCGUCCUCUAACUGGCUAUGGAUAGUGACGCCACUUAACCGGUCUCAUGCGAUUGGUUAGCCUUCCCUGGGAAGUGGGCUGGUCUCGGCUUCCCGUUUCACUCACUCUCUGCCGCCGCCUAGUGGUGCCGUAAGGUAAAGGGAAGGUUCGCCAUCAGUGUCGCUGCCAGAUCGACCAGCCGGGGGUCCGAGGAAUGGGCCUGAGCGAGGGUCGUCCUCGGCUGCUGUGUCCCUGUGCUGCCGCGGAAGAGGCGGGCCCGGUGUGAGGGGGGCGGCUUCCGCUGCGCGUUCCCCUCUGACACGGAACAUUUCCCUCCAGUGUGUGUGUGUGAGAUCCCUCCUCCUCCUCCUCUGGCCAUCUUUAUCACAUUCAUUACCGCAAUAGGAGAGCCAGCCGGCCCUGCCUCCACCGACCAGCCGCCCGGGAGCGCAACGACCAAUCCGCACUGACUGCAGGGGCCACAGCCGUUGGGAGGCGCGUCAGCUGGAUCCCGGUACUUGAUACCCCUGCCCCAGCCAGGAGCUGCUCUGUCACCCGCUGGCUCCUAGGUUCUUCAAGUCAAGAAUAUUUGGAUAUUUGGGGGGAGCGAUAACCGGAGGAUUCAUUUUGCUGCACUGAAGACCUCAGUGGAAACUGCUUGCGAAUGGGAUGAAUCCGCCUUUUCUGAGCCCUCGUCAUCUUCAGCUCAGAGAAUAAGAUUAUCCAGCAGGGGAGCUUCACUAGUUAUGUUUCCAUUCUUACAGCACCCCAUUUGAGUUUGCUUGUCUUUAAAAAAGGAUUCAAAGUGGAGUACCGUAAACUUGAUAUGGAUGGCAAAAAGAAAGACAAGGACAAACCUGAUGAGAGAAUGGCCCGGCCUAGUGGCCGGUCGGGUCACAACACACGUACUGGUUCUUCGAACUCUGGAGUGUUGAUGGUUGGGCCUAAUUUUAGAGUUGGGAAAAAAAUUGGAUGUGGCAACUUUGGAGAACUCCGAUUAGGUAAAAAUCUGUACACAAAUGAAUAUGUGGCAAUUAAACUGGAACCUAUGAAAUCCAGGGCACCGCAGCUGCAUUUGGAAUACAGAUUCUACAAGCAGUUAGGCUCUGUCGAUGGUGUACCUCAGGUUUAUUAUUUUGGCCCUUGCGGGAAAUAUAAUGCUAUGGUGCUAGAGCUACUGGGGCCAAGUUUGGAAGACUUAUUCGACUUAUGUGACAGAACAUUUUCCCUAAAAACUGUUCUUAUGAUAGCCAUACAGCUGAUUUCCCGCAUGGAAUAUGUUCACUCAAAGAACUUGAUAUAUAGAGAUGUAAAGCCUGAAAACUUUUUGAUAGGUCGUCCAGGAAACAAAAACCAGCAAAUAAUUCACAUUAUAGAUUUUGGCUUGGCAAAAGAAUAUAUAGACCCAGAAACAAAAAAGCACAUACCCUACAGAGAACACAAGAGCCUUACAGGAACAGCUAGAUACAUGAGUAUAAACACACAUUUAGGAAAAGAGCAAAGUAGAAGAGACGAUUUAGAAGCAUUAGGUCAUAUGUUUAUGUAUUUUCUUCGAGGAAGCCUACCCUGGCAAGGACUAAAGGCUGACACAUUAAAAGAAAGGUAUCAGAAAAUUGGGGAUACGAAACGAGCAACUCCAAUUGAAGUACUUUGUGAGAACUUUCCAGAGGAGAUGGCCACAUACUUACGCUAUGUAAGAAGACUAGAUUUUUUUGAAAAACCAGAUUACGACUACCUACGAAAACUAUUUACAGACUUGUUUGAUAGAAAGGGAUACAUGUUUGACUAUGAGUAUGAUUGGAUUGGAAAGCAGCUGCCCACACCAGUUGGCUCCAUACAUGCCGAUCCAGCUCUUUCAUCAAACAGAGAAGCACAUCAACAUAGAGAUAAGAUGCAGCAAGCCAAAAAUCAGUCGGCAGACCACAGGGCGGCUUGGGACUCCCAGCAGGCCAACCCCCAUCAGCUAAGAGCUCACCUAGCAGCUGACAGACAUGGUGGCUCGGUACAGGUUGUAAGUUCAACGAAUGGGGAGCUGAACACAGAUGAUCCAACAGCUGGACAUUCAAAUGCACCAAUCACCGCCCCAGCAGAAGUUGAAGUCCUAGAUGAAACAAAGUGCUGUUGCUUUUUCAAGAGGAGGAAAAGGAAAACCAUUCAACGUCACAAAUGACUCUGGAAAAGGACAGACCAUGGGGAAUUACUCACUUGUUCAUCUGCUGUCCUGUAAUAAUAACAAACAAAUUAUCAUCUCCACAACGACCAUGUUACUUUAUUUCUUUAUUUUUUCCCCUUAUACAGACUCUCAUAUUCCCAUGCUUCUGCUUGAUUGUCUUACGUUUUUCUUUAUGUCCAAACUUUAGAAGCUUUAAAGUUUUGUCCAAAAUAGGAUUAUUUAAAUGGACCAAUGAAGUGGUACAAACAUAAAUUACGGUCUUCAGCCAAAUGCAGUUACACCAUCCCAGGAGACUGCAAGCGGUUAAUUGUUGGAUAACGCUGCAAAAAGGUCUUUUACAUGCAAAUAGUGGAAAAAAUGAUUAAUUGCUAAAGCUUUAAAAUAACACACUAAAAGUCUUGCCUUCUGGAGAUUUGCAGUUUGAGAUUUAGAAAGAUUUACAGUAUUAUUGAGAUGGUACUGCAUUAAUCAACAGGUAGCAUUACCUUUCCUCACCGUCGUUCUAAUGGUACAUCCACUGCCCAGAGGUACAUAGGACGAAAUCAUCUGAAUGUGACUGGGGAUAACAACAUACAAAAGCAGUCAACUGCAGACUCCUAAGAGAAGAAAAAAAUGUUUUUGCGUUGUACCUCUUACAGUGAUAGUCAUAGAAGCUGCAAGGACAUUUGUCCUAUAUGUUCAUGGUGUAGACUUGUGCUUCUUGAUAAUGAUACUGUUCUUGCAAAAAAACAAACUGAUAAAAAAAAAUGUUACUCGAUGCUAGAAAAAUAAACACUACAUGGAGGAAGAGUGGCAGUUAGGAAUUACUAUAAUACGCAUAUGGUAGCUGGAAGGCACUUUGCAUACUGCUUGAUGCAGAACAGCAUAUUACUCCGUUACUAGAAAUCUUUGAAUACAUCUUAUAGUUGGUGUUGUAAUCCUUUCUACUCUUUGUCCAGAAGCAGUGAAGCUGAUGGGUUCUUCGCUGACUACUGUAUGCCCACAAGUAGCUGGUGCUUUCCGAAUUGUUCUCCCCCUGACCCAAAUUUGCAGUUGUUAAACAGAGCAUGGUAGGAAGCAUUAGCUAGAGAAUUAAUUCUCCAUUUUCUUCUGUUAUAGAAGAAGCGCCUGCAUAUUUGGGAGAGAGGGGGUUAAAUACUGUAAUUUUUUUUGGUGGGUGGAGAUUUUUUUUUUUUUUUUUUUAAGCAGGACAUCAUCAUUUAACCUCAAUUGCUGCAAGGUCUGUUAGUACACCUUGUAGUUUGUGAGCAGUGAAGCCAUUAUUUGUCUUGAUUAUUUUUGUUACAUUGGUAACUUGGCCUAUAUUUUCAUCAGAUUUUUGAAGGGAAAUGGCUAGAACAAAUAUUUUGACCAAACCAUGGUUAAUUUAUGUACAAAGAAAAAAUCCAAAAGUCUCCUAGAUUGAACUUGUAUUUUUUUUCUUGUCUAUCAGUGCACGCCCUAUGGUUUAACUUAUUUAUUUUUUAAGUCUGGUUUGUGGUAACAUUAAAAAAAAAAUGUGUAUUGCAAAUAGAUAAAUUCACAUCUUUGAGUUCAUUAUUGCAUUUACAGGGAUUUUAAUUGUAAUUUGUAAUUUAUUUUGGUUUAACAACCGGGAGUGCAAGGCUUAUUUUUGAUGGUUUAUGUACCGACAUAAAACACUGAAAAAUGCCUAGCUGAAGGUUGUUUAUUUUCACUGUUGCUGUACAUUUUUUCUUUUUUAUUACAUUGGUCAAAUACAUCAAUUCAACCCUCUAUUAAUUACAAUAUUCAUAUUGCAGUUCUCAGUCUGCCUUGUUUGUGUUAUUGUCUUAAUCUCAAGAAUGAUCUAUAUAUAAAUAUAUAUAUAUAUAUAUUUUUUUUUCGUUAUGAAAGAUGAGUUGUGGCCAUUCUAAUGUGAAAUCACUUCUGUCUCUACAGUAUUUGACCAAACUUUGUUGCACCACAUUGUAAAUACAUGCAGCAACUAGUGUUUCAUAUAUACAUCUGUUUAUUUUGUUUAUUGGUAGAUCUUUCUUUUGUGUGGAGAGAAGAAGCUUUUUGGCCUGUACAGUGUUUAUAUGAUCUGAACUCAUCACACAUAACAAGGAAAUGUGUAUAUUAAUCCAAUUGUGGACGUCAGAUAUUUAAAAUACAAAACCCUUUAUUUGCUGCAAUGACCAGUAUGUUGACAUUUUGCUUUUUAGCAAUAUUUAAGUGCUCCAUUUACUGCCAUGAAAAGGGAAAUUACCCUUUUGGCAGCACAAACUGGUCAGUAAUAGGUAAUGCAGGUAUGUUCAGGUUAAGCCAACAAUGUUUUGCAUUUAUAUGCUUUUUCUCUGUCUAUACUAAUGAAGUCAACAUUGCCUGAAUGUUUAAAAUAAUGAAAUACAUCCCUGUUCAAAAGUAUGUAACUGAAGAAAUAAAAAAUAAAGGUAGUUUUUUUAAA